UGUAAAUUAUAGCCUUACCCCAAACUUAAGGAUCUUCUGGAUUAAAACUGUUACCUCCCUGGUAGGAAAAAACAUGUAAACGCCAAAUGACGACAUCUCCUAUAAGAAGCUGAAAGUGAUAGCAAUUUGAUUGGAAGAAAGGGGAAAGCCUGGAAUUUAAAACUCCAAUUGAUGGUAACAAGUGUAAGACCUGUCUUCACGCCUCCAUGCCAAGUAGCUCACUUGUAGCAGAAGUAAUUACGUUGUCAAAAAAGAUUCGAGCCACAGAGAGGACCGAAACAACUUUCUUUUUUUGGAAGGCAACAUAAAUACUCAUACAAAAUAUCGAAAACAUGGCAAUUUGCGAUUUAGCGGCAGCAGUGGUGGGCUGGACCAGCUGGGGGAGUUAGAGUGAAUUUUUGUCCUGUUUGAACUUUGUCAAUAAUAAAGAGAAAUCAGCGGUAUCAUGCAUCUUCGCUCUAUGUGACUAGCAACCUAGGUUAAGAGGAUUUUCUCAGCAGCCACAACCCAAAAUUUUGUCGUCUCUGAAUCCUAACUCUAUUCACCGAUGAGAUUACUUAAAUCACUACAGGCUUGCUGGAAUGACUAACAGAGACAAAAUCCAGCCCUUGUUGGAUCAACUGCAUCAGACGCAUCAUACGGUUGAUCCUAAGAAAAAAAGAUUUCGCCGAUGUAAAAGUGCUCCUCUGGGCGAAUUUGCUCCUGUAGAAAUGAAUGAAAUAAAAAAUGACCAAUCACUUCCACGUUCUAAAUCGCUUUUGGAUAAACUCCACCCUAGUAUUAAGAAAGUUAUUAUUUACUUGGUUAUAUACUUGGGUAUUGGUACCAUUUGCUUUUAUUUGGUUAGAAACAAGAUCAAGGGAAAGAAAAUAGAUGGGGUUCUUGAUUCUGUUUACUUUUGUGUUGUGACAAUGACCACGGUUGGAUAUGGGGAUAUUGUGCCUGACAGUGCAACUACUAAACUGCUCGCUUGUGUCUUUGUGUUCUCUGGAAUGGCACUUGUUGGAAUGAUUCUAAGCAAAGGAGCAGACUACUUAGUGGAGAAGCAAGAAACACUAUUAAUCAAAGCACUGCAUAUGCGUCAUAAAGUUGGUCCAAGUGAAAUACUGGAGGAGAUUGAAACAAACAAAGUAAGGUACAAGUGCUUCAUGGUAGCGGGCUUCCUUAUAGUGCUCGUAGUUGCUGGGACAGUGUUCCUGGCUAGAGUUGAACGGUUAGAUACCUUAGAUGCCUUUUAUUGUGUCUGUUCUACCAUUACAACAUUAGGAUAUGGAGACAAAAGCUUUUCAACCAAAGCAGGGCGCGUUUUUGCUAUAUUUUGGAUUUUGUCAAGCACCAUUUGUUUGGGUCAGUUCUUCCUUUAUGUUGCUGAAUUUAACACGGAAAAGAGACAGAAGGAGCUUGUGAAGUGUGUUCUUUCAAGAAGGACGACAAAUGUUGAUUUGGAGGAAGCUGAUCUUGAUGAUGAUGGGGUUGUAGGGGCUGCUGAAUUUGUUAUCUAUAAACUCAAGGAGAUGGGGAAGAUCAACCAACAUGACAUUGCAGCUGUAUUGAAGGAGUUCGAAAGUCUUGAUGUUGAUCAAUCUGGAACUUUAUCAACUGCAGAUCUGAUACUUGCCCAAUCGUCUUGGACAGGAAGGUGAUCGCUCCACGACCUAAAUUAGUGUAUUAAGCAACCUUUCCGCCAAUGUCUAUGAGCUUCAGUGAGAUUUCUGGGAUGAGUCUUUUCUUUUGAAACUUCCACUGUAUUACAUAAAAUUCAGAUACUACUUGAACCGGUUAAAUCAUAUUUCUAGAAUGUCUGACAAAAGUGAUGCAGUAAAUCCCACUCAGUUUAGUACUAGAGUGAAAUUCACACUUCCCGGAAUCUCCAUGUAAUCUUCUCAAUUCCCUCUGUACACAUGUAAAUGCCUUGUACUUUACACAAUUUAGUUGGUUACUGUAUGCCAAAGAUAGUUCCUCCUCAUAGUUUGUAAAAAGUUAGCUAUAAUUCCUCCUUAUGGUUUGUAAAAUGUUUGCUGUAAUUUCUCCUUAAAGUUUGUUAACUUUUUUUUCCCCUCU